AUGGCCAUGAAAUAUGUAGCAGCUUACCUGAUGUGUGUGUUAGGAGGUAAUGAAAACCCAGGAGAAAAGGAGGUUAAGAGUGUACUAGGUGCUGUCAAUGCAGGUGUAGAAGAUGAAGUAUUAAAGAAUUUUAUAUCAUCUUUAAAGGGAAAAGUGUAUCAUGAAUUAAUUACUGAUGGAUUAAAGAAACUGCAAAAUAUUGGAGGUGGAGGAGGCGCUGCUGCCGGUGGACCAGCUGCAGCUGAAGCAGGUGAAGCGAAGAAAGAAGAAAAGAAAGAAGAAAAAAAAGAGGAAGAAGAAGAGGAAGAGGACGAUUUAGGAUUUUCUUUAUUUGGUUAA